AUGAUUAACGAGAUCAGAUGCACUAAGGUCCACGAUUUGCCGGAGACCCAGAGAUGUCAUUUUGUGAUAAACACGCCAGAUUGUGUGACCAAUAUGAACUUCAUCAAUUAUUUGGGUUGGCAUUUCUGCAAAGUGGACGUCCGAAGCGGUUUCAAUUCCUUCUGGAGUGCCAUAGGAAUGCUUUUGAUGGCCAUUUAUGUGUUCUGGAUGAUGCAAUUGACCGUAAAUAAAUAUUUCUGUCCCAUUUUAAAGGUGAUAGCGGAUUCAUUGCGGAUGAACGAGAGCACGGCUGGGGUUACGGUUUUGGCCAUUGCUAAUGGAUCACCGGAUCUCUUCACGGCGAUUGCCUCAAAAUUGCAGAGCACAAGGAAUUCCUUCCUUCAGUGCAUGUCGCAGGCCAUGUUCCUGCACAUCUUUGUAGCUGGAAUGGUGAUCCUAACCAAGCCAUUCAAUAUGGAACCAAACUAUUAUAUCCGUGAUUUUGGUUUCCUAUUCCUCAAUGUCGUUUACAUGGACUAUAUCCACAAGCGUCCCAAGGGAAUCAGCUGGUCAUCGGCUUUACCCGGUGCCUUUAUCUUUAUUGGCUACGUUUUAGUGGCCAUCAUUGAUCAGCAUUUGCUGAUGGCACGUAUACGAAAACUGGAAAAGAGACAACUGGAUGUGGCUGAGUUGUUGCAACUGGAGGAACUGAAGCCACAGACGCAGUUGCCAUUGAAGCGCCAGGAAAUCGAUCGUUCGUCCCCUCGUCAAGGUGGCCGACAUAAGCGUAUUUUCCGGCAAUUUUGGAACACUGUCGCCGAAUUCGACAAGGAACGCUUUCGCCUGGGAACCGUUCUGGUGAAGGUGUACCUGAUAGUAAAGCAGCCCAUCGAUAUGAUCUUGCGAAUUCUCAUUCCAGUGGUUGACAUGGAGAAGCCCCUUUACGGUUGGUCCAAGCUGCUCUUCAAUCUGCAGGUGGUUCUUGUCCCCACCUAUAUAGCCUACAUAAUAGUUCGCGGAUACACUAUUGCCGGAAUUGCCGCCUAUUUUAUCAUCCUCAUGAUCAUGGUGCCCGUGACUAUCUUGAUAUUUUUUCUCACGCGCACCGACACCCCGCCCAGAUUUUUCAGGUUUACAACAGGUAUGGGUUUCUCGGCCACCGUCUUUCUGAUCUUCUGUCUAACCUCCGAAGUCAACGCCAUGUUUUUCACUUUGGCAACCAUAAUGAAGGUGAGCCAGGAGUUUUCCCUGUCGACGGCCAUUUGCUGGGCUCUGAGUAGCAACGAUUUGGUGGCCAAUCUCUCGCUGGCCCACCAGGGAUGGCCUCGCAUGGCAUUGACGGCCACCUUCUCAGCUCCCGUAUUUGGAUCCUUUGUGUUUCUGGCCCUGCCAUUGGUGGUGCAGGCGUUUAUAAAAGCGCCAAGUAAUAUUUACCCUGCGGAGGGUGGCUUUGGGGAGACGGUGUGCAUCUUCUUGGAGGUCGGAAUGGGCUUCUCCAUGCUUUCCGCACUCACCACAAACUUCAAACUACGACGAGCUUGUGGUUUUCUACUGGUCUCCUACUACCUAUUCUUCCUCGGAGUUCUCAUUCUUCUGGAGAAGGGCGUGAUCCAUGCCUAUGGAGUCUGA